AUGAAGUCGCCAGUGGCGUUGCUUGUGGGGCUGCUGUGGAUGUGGAGUUGGUCAGCCACAAAUGGCGUCUAUGCUUUCUCCUUGUGUAGUUCCAGUUCUUCUUCCUUCUUGUCACCAUAUGCAUCCGUGUCACAAUCACACAGCAAAAGCCCAAGCAGAUGUGGCAGUGGCAGUGGCAGUGGCACUCAGCUGAAUAUGAUGUUUGAUCAGCUCACUGAAGCCAUUUCAUCCAUUGCCAAACAGUUGGGACCCAAACAGAAGAUCACGGAAGCCAGUGUCAAGCCAGCGCUUCGAGGAGUCCGUCGUGCUUUGUUGGAUGCGGAUGUCAAUGUCAAUGUGGCCGAUACUCUCAUUGAUGGAGUCAAAUCCAGAAGUCUAGGAAAGGAAGUCAUGGAGGGCGUCACGGCGGAACAACAAUUCAUUAAAGCCAUGUACGACGAACUACUAGACAUGAUGGGAGGAGAUUCCGCUACAGCAAAGAGUACGCAACAAACAUACAAGCCGGCCGCCACUCUGGCUUUCACCAAAGACAAACCCACCGUAGUGCUGUUGGCAGGAUUGCAGGGUGCCGGUAAAACCACUGCUGCAGGAAAGCUGGCAUUGUACCUCAAAGAACGGGAAGUCGAUUACGAUGCUGUCAAUCCAGAAGACGACCAAGAAACACAAUUGGCAUCCAAAUUGCCAAAACGACAGAGAAAGGUAUUGCUCGUCGCCGCAGAUGUCUACCGUCCAGCUGCCAUCAAACAGUUGGAGAUUCUUGGAGAAUCCAUACAAGUAGAUGUAUUCUCCAAAGGAACCGAUGCCAACCCCGUCGAUAUUGCCAGAGAAGCGCUACAAAAGGCUGCCAAUGAAGGAUACGAUACAGUGCUUGUCGAUACGGCUGGUCGGCAAAUCAUUGACAAAGAUCUCAUGACGGAACUCAAAAGAAUCAAAGAAACUGUCAAACCGGAUGAAACACUACUCGUGGUGGAUGCCAUGACGGGACAAGAAGCAGCGUCCUUGACGGCAGCAUUUGACUCGGCCGUCGGCAUUACAGGAGCCAUUCUCACCAAAAUGGAUGGUGAUUCUCGUGGAGGAGCCGCCGUCAGUGUGAGAGGUGUCAGUGGAAAACCCAUCAAAUUUGUUGGAACCGGAGAAAAAACGGCAGAUUUGGAACCCUUCUAUCCCGACCGAAUGGCUAGUCGCAUCCUGGGCAUGGGAGAUGUCGUAAGUCUCGUCGAAAAGGCAGCCGCCGAAGUCUCCGAUAAAGAAGCCGCCGAAAUGCAAAAGAAAAUGCUAGAGGCGCGAUUCGAUUUCGAUGACUUUGUCAAACAAUCCAAACUCGUUUCCAAAAUGGGAAACCUUGCCGGAGUCGCCAAAAUGAUGCCCGGCAUGGCCGGACAACUCAACAUGAACAAAAUGAGAGAAGUUGAAGCCAGACUCAAAAAGAACGAAGCCAUGAUCAACAGCAUGACAAAAACGGAACGAGCCGAACCGGAGCUGUUGAUCAAUCAUCCCACGGCACGAUCACGCAUCACGCGAAUCACCAAAGGCUCUGGCAAUGAUUUUGAGGACGGAUUGCAGUUCAUGAGUGAAUUCCAACGAAUGAGAACCAUGAUGAGUCGAAUGCAAAAACAAAUGGGAGGUCCGGAAGCCAUGGAGGCGGCCAUGGCGGGAGGAGGAGGAGGUGCCCCGCCGGAUAUGCAAGACAUGGCGGCCAUGAGUGGCAAUCGUGCCUCAAGAAGGGCUGCCAAAAAGAACAAGAAAAGAGGCCGAGGUGGUGGCGGUGGUUUUGGAUAA